GCAGGUAAUAAUACUUUUUUUAUUAAAAUAGUCUUGCCAUUCAGUAAUAUAUCGGUAUAAAACUUUGUUAGUUACAUCAAAUGGCAUCUCCUAAAUUUGCAAAUAGUGGAAUAGUACUUUUCUCGAACUAUGGAUUGUUGCAAGCAAAGCUCUAUUCAUUAUUCUGUUGAUAAUCGUAUCAAGUCCUGUUUUGAAUGAGUUCUUGCCCGUGGGAUUAACAACAGCAUGUGUUCACAUAACACAGAGUAUUGUGUACCAUCUAGUAUGCCUAAAAUAUUUUUAAUCUUUUUUUUAUUAUUUUAGUGCAUACAGUGGUAUGUGACAGCAAUAGUAUUUUUAGAAUGGAUUUGGUAUAUUUCCUGUGUAACUUCUGUAGGUGACCCUGCGUUGGUUGUUGGGCUAGGUGAUCUUCAGAGGACCCUUGCAACUUAAACCAUUCUGUGAUUUGUGUUUGUUUUACUAUAAUGGAAGAGCAUCCUUCUGGAAAACUCUGCUUUAACCAUCACAUGAAUACUAAAAGGCAUGCGUGGCAUUUUAGAAAUUGUAUUACUAAUCAGCCUACUAUUGAAAAGAUAGAUAUUAUUUAAAUAGUAAUUAAAAAAAAAAGUUUAAAUACUUUAAAAGAGGAAGUUUACACUGUUCUCUCCUUUGUUUGCGGCAGUCCCAGGUGCCUCCCCUGGUGCAGAGAAGCGGUGGCACUGUCCCCUGCUGGGCGGAUGUUGGUCCUGUUCAUGCAGGGGGGGCAGCAGAAGGCGUGCGGGGUGGGACACGGCUCUGCCCCAGCGCCUUUCCCUGCCCCUGCUCACCUGGCUGUACCUGCCCUCGGGACGUCACGUCGCUCUGCCCAUAGCGUCUGCGGGGCUGCCUGACGUCAGGAUGCGAUGGCCGCGACCGCCCGGCCGGACGCGACAUCGCCUUCCCCGACAGCGCCGGACCGCCUCGGCCACCGCAGCCUGCGGUGCUGCUCAUACUGCUGCUGCAGAUCCCGAUCCUGCUGCAGAUCCCGAUCCUGCUUUUGCCGCUGCUGCUGAUCCUGCUGCUUCUGCUGCUGCGGCUCCGGCGUGCGGCUGCAGUCCAUCGCCCGGAGCAGCCAGCACCGAGUUAUCCAGCCUGGCCACAGCCGGGGGAAUGUGGCCGGAGUCCCCGCGGUCACCGCAGCGAGGCUGAGCCUGGACACCGAAGCUAAACAAGCCAAACUCGCUGGAGAUUUGCAAUGCCAGCAGCCUUUCCAGGUCGGUUAAUAUUGUAGCUUUUGGGAAUGAAAGAGAUGGUUUUUCUGAGGACAAUCAGCAGCCCAGUCUCAUCUGGAGCUAUCUCGGAAGAAGUGCUCUCAUUUCCCAGAUCGACAGCAGCUUAUCUGCCAGUCACGUUGGAAACCCAGUUUUUACUGAGUAUCAAGCCUGCGUAUUUGGAAAUGUCAGACUGGUGGUACACGACUAUCCUGUCUGGAAUGGACUGGGGAUCCUGUUUCUAAUCUGUGAAGCUGCAUGUGACCUACACGCGCAGUUUGCUGGAGUCACUGGAGCGCAGCAAAGAGUAAAAUCUCCUGAAUAUAAAUGAAGUCUGUAGGGCUUCAAAGGCUGUUUCAGAGGGAUGGAAGGAGGAUAUAUUUGACAGUGACUGGUAUACUUCCUGCAGGCUCAUUGGAGGAGCUGAUAUUAUUGUGAUUAAAUAUUCUGUCAAUGACAAGACUUCAUUUCAAGAACUGAAGGACAGCUAUGUGCCAAUGGUAAAAAAAGCCCUAAAUCACUGCUCAGUUCCAGUAAUAAUUUCUGCUAUUGGUGCAAGAAAAAGGGGAGUGUCUUGCACCUGUCCCCUGUGCACUUCAGACAGAAAGAGCUGUGUCACAACCUCCGAAGGAGUUCAACUUGCAAAGGAACUCAGAGCCACCUACCUUGAACUGCACACUCUUGACGACUUCUACAUCCAGAAAUAUUUUGGAGGAGUGCUGGAAUAUUUUAUAAUCCAAAGUUUGAAUCAGAAGUCAUCUGAAAAAAUGAAGAAAAGGAAAAAGACGCAGAAGUGCCAUCGAGUCCAACCACCUCAGCUUGAACAGCCAGAAAAGAUGCCAAUCCUGAAGGGCGAAGCCUCGCACUACAAUGCAGACCUGCACAAUCUGCUCUACUGUUGCCAGUGUGCAGAUGUGGCCUUUUACCCUGAGGACCUCAGCACGGCGGUGGAGGCUCACAAGAUCAUCCUCUGCUCUGUCAGCCACCUCUUCAUGCUGCUCUUCAGGGUGAAGAGCCCGUCUGACACCCAUGAUGCCUCCAUCGUACAGCUGGCACAGAGCCUCUUCGCAGUGGAGGUGGGGGAUCUCUUCCCCUCCUCCUCCCAUGAUUUACCACCCUGUGUCCCACCAGUCAGGGUAGUGGUGAAGGAUUCUGUCUUCUGUUCUUGUCUGCCAGACAUCCUCCACUUCAUCUAUUCAGGUGCUUUCCAGUGGGAUCGAUUAGAAGAGGACAUAAGAAAGAAGCUGAAUGAUCCAGAUAAAACAGAACACGUGCUUGAGAAAGUUAAAUUCAUCCUGAAAACUCCAGGGAAGCUAAACACUAUAAAGGACUGCAACUCUCACCAGAUAAAACGUCUGUAUAAUACUUCUCUCAGGCUAUUCUUCAACACACCUGUGCUAGCUGAUGUAAUCUUCAAAAUACAAGGUUCAACUGUACCAGCCCACAGGGCAGUUCUGGUGGCUCGCUGUAAGGUUAUGGCAGCUAUGUUUAAUGGCAAUUAUCUAGAGGCAAAUAGCAUUCUGGUUCCAGUGUAUGGGGUUUCCAAAGACACUUUCCUGUCCUUCUUAGAGUACCUUUACACUGACUCCUGCUACCCAGCCAGUAUUCUCCAAGCGAUGUCUCUGCUGAUCUGUGCAGAGAUGUACCAAGUAAUGAGACUCCAGCACAUUUGUGAACUUUACAUCAUCACGCAGCUUCAGAGCAUGCCUAGCAGGGAACUGGCUUCCACAAGCCUCAGUAUUGUUAGCUUGCUCAAAAAAGCUAAGUUUCACAAUUCUGAUUGCCUUUCAACUUGGCUUCUUCAUUUUAUUGCCACAAACUACCUCAUCUUCAGUCAAAAGCCUGAAUUUCAAGAACUUUCAGUGGAAGAGCGCAAUUUUGUGGAGAUGCACCGAUGGCCUUCAAACUUGUACCUGAAGCAGCUUGCUGAUUACAGGAACUAUAUCCACUCUCAGAAAUGCCACUGCACAGUAAUGUAAAGAGGCUGAAUACACACAAAGUGCAUCUCAAUUGCAAAAUUUCAGAUUGGGGAUUAUCUAGAAUAUAAAAACCACAUAAAGAGUGCUACCUGAUGCUAACCUCCUCUGGAAAUUACGUUCUUUGUUUUGCUAACAAAUCACUCUAAUUUUUACCUUGAAGCAUUGGGAAAUGAAUGUUGAAGAUUUAUUUUAAGCACAAGGACUUCAUAUUCAUGGGGAUUAAAUGUAUUACAGGACAGUGCCCUGACUGGCAUCUGUUCCCCCUUCUAAUUUCCUUUUUGUUUAUUUUAUUGUUUUUCAUGGUUAUUUGUGGCUGCUAAACUGAAUCUGUUCAAAAUAGACUGGUUUUGUGUAUCUGUGCAUAAGAGAAGCAUAGGGAUACAGUAACAGUGCAGGGAAGCUGAAAACCCAGGUCAUAAUUUUUUCAUAUACUUCAGGAUGCAAAAAUUUUCUGUAGCAUUUGUUAGUUCACAAUAUAAUGGGUAGGCUAAAGAAGCAUUGUAGUUACUAUUAAUUUAUUACUCCAAAGGAAACCUGUUGUUCUGUUACAACCCUUUGAUUAGAUGUUUUAAUUCCAGAGGAAUGCCAUUGCAUCACAGUAUUCUCUAGAGCCUCCAAAUAUCUAAAGAAUGACAUGAUUUUUCCUGCCAGUAGGUAGGAGAAGAAAGCCUGUUUUCACAAUCUGCAGAACACCUUUGUUAGUGUAGUCAUAUUGUAUUUUUCCCCAUAAAGAAUAAAGAGAGGGAAAACUACAUACGCUCAGAGCAUAUCCGUAUGGUACUAAUGGACAGGGAAGAAAAAGGGCUCAACAGUCUUUCUUGGGGUUUGAGCAAAAAUCUCAAAAAGCCACUAGCAAAAAUGGCUUUUUUUGGGAAAAGUGUGUCUAGUAAUCAUAGUCACUACAAUAGAUGUUAGAUGCGCUAGUCAUGAAGGAGAUGACCCUCACAGAUUUGCCAGUGCUGCCACGGAUGUUGGCUUUUGUGGGGUGGGACUUUGAGCUCAAACCUCCCCAGCAGGGAUUAAGUUCAAGUUUAAUUAUCAUCAUGUGCUCAUAAGCUACACCAUGUGAGACAAACCUAGCUGUGGAUCCUUUCUGAGAUACAAGAGAAAAACCCAGAAUAUUAUGACUUGCAAGAUCCUUGCAGUUGCUAUUUAGCAUUUUCUUGACCAAAAUAACUUGUCAUGCUGCUGACCUGUGUGUGCUAUAGUAUGUGCUAAUGCCAGAAUGAACGGAGCCUUUUCCUGAGCAUAGGUGCUUUUCUAGAAACAAAAUUUAAUCAAGGAACUAGAUGCCUCAUUAUCAUUCUUGUAUUUUCAAUUCUGGUUGCUCAUCUGCCUUUGUAAUGUGGUUUGUAGCCUGAGACUGUGGCAUUUCUACCACAUCAAAUGUACCUAGAAACUGCACUUGUGUGAAGAAGGUGGAAAAACAAAUUGUUGGAGCUGAAUCUUUUUUUUUUUUUUUUUUUUUUUUAAGUAUAAGAAUUGUUAUAUUUUUCAAUACCAUUUUAUAGAUAAAUUGUUCUUUUCAAAUUCCAUUCUGUAGUCAUAGAGAUUUUUUUGGUUUUUGUGAUUUUUCCCUAUUUUUGUAUACACACAAAAUAAAAAAGCGUUUAUGACACAGCUGGCUGCUGCAGACUCAGAAUUCCAAGGUUAGUUUUAGGCAAGAAUGGUUUAAAAAAAAAAAACAAAAAAAAAAAAACCAAAAAAAACUUUGCAUCUGCAGAUCCUAAAGUUAUUUAAAAGAUUAAUAUACUUAUCUACAUCUUGCAUAUAGAGACCCUAAAAUAUAGAAAAUGAUAAUGCUUUUUCAAAAUCAUAAAAGAAAACUGAAAUCAUUAAACAAAAAAAAAAAUAGCAGGAAAGUAAUAUGUAUGGAACUUGCAUGUGAAAAAAGUCGUUUUUAUAGUCAUAUAGUUACCAAAACUUUAAGUAAAAAUUAAAUUACUGGAUAGAUAUGAAUAAAACUUCAGUAAGUUAUUUGAAGCUUAAAGUCAUGGAAAAAUUUGUGCAUACAGUUAAACUACAGUUUGUCCAGACAUCUGAUAGCAUCUUUGGGUGUUUCUACCAGAAGCCAGCUCAAUUAUCAAAAGUGGGGAUUAAAUGCUUCAUACUGACAUCCUGUGUAAAAGUGACACAAAAGCUCUGUGAAUGUUGCUCUAAGCUUCAUGUAGUCCUGCAUUUUUAAUAUUUUGAAAGCUUUCCCAGUUUUUUCACUAGGAAAUGAUUUGUGUAUAGAUAAUACAUAAGAAAGUACUGGUUUUAAUUUUCUGUAAAUGUUUUAUAGAUUAAAAUUUUAAAAAUAUAAAAAUAGGCUUAAUGAAAAUAUAAAACACUUUAUAUCCAAACCAGAGAAAUAUUUUACUACUAUGCAUUUUAGUCAGUGAUUGCCACAGGUUUUAUACAGAGAGGUCAGGCAGGUAAAAACAUUUCGUACUUAUUCAGAUUCAGAGAUUAAUGCUUAUUACUUUUCAGAUAAUAAACCAAGUUUCCAUUUUACUCUGUAGCCCCAUAAUGCUGCCUGUAUCUGGUGCAGAUGUGUUGUACUUGCAGAUGUAGACCAUCUGAUAAAUUUUAAGUCUUAAAAGAAAUCUUACUAGACAUUCUUAUUUUCAUUCUCUAAGAUGAUUUUCUGUAGUAAUGUAUGUCUCUUAGAGCUAUUUUUAAACCUUUUUAGCAUUUGGAAACAUGACUGAAAGUAGAUAAUUAUGUUUUGUGAGUUGCUAUUCUUAGCUGGUUUUAGUGGAGGCUUUACGACUGUAUCCAUCACAGAUAGUCAGGAAUUAGGGCAGUACUGAAUUUGGUAUUAAUUUAUAAUUGUGUAUGGCAUAAAGUAAAAACUGCUUUGAUAUAAACCCCCCACCUUAUACUAUGGUACCAAGUAAAAAUCAGGAACCAAUUUGGAAAAAAAAAGUUAUUUAAGGAAGUGGUUUAGAAAAAAUAAAAUGUUUCUGGAAUGCUUGCACUGAUUCCAACACCUCCCAAACUCCCCUGGCACUGGCAGCAUUGGGAUCAAAGAAAGAGGUCAGUGGUGAAUUUGGAUGUCCCUAGGCAGUACCAAUAGCAUUUGAAAUUAUAUAUUUAGGCUUAAAUUUAAGUAGAGAUGCCACUCCUGAAUCCUUCAUAAGAACUAACUUUCAAAAUUAACUUUUAACAAAUAAUAUUUUGAAUAAUGGACUACAUCCUUAAUUUUUGCUGUCCUAUAUAUGUGUGUCUAUUUCUUGUCCCAAACUAGCACUAAACUUAUAGAGAUUAAAAAAAAGUUUUCUACACUAGUAAUGUUUUCCACAUGAUAGUCAUAAAACCUUUGCUAUUGUCUUUAGGCCAUGGUGUGGUGGAUUUGAAAACAAAACCAAACUGUUAGAAAAAAGAAUAACUAUUUUAUUAGGCAUGUCCUGAAACUCUUGUAUGUUUUUCUUUUAGUAUACCUAAAUUACAUAUUUUUAGAUUGAAUAUGUAAAAUUUUUUAUACAAAAUUAAAAAAAAAUCUCUAA